UGUCAUUUAUCCCAUUCAGUCGCACUUACACUAUAGCAGCACGCGAACGAGUGUUUCUCAGUCACUGGGUUUGUCCUCAGAGCCCGAUUCAGCCAUAACAGACACGCAUAUUUUGGAAGAAAACACAAUUUCAGUAGCAGAAUGGCGAAUGAGGGUGCUGGCACCCCACACAGUCGCAGGGGGUCUCAUAAGAUGACUCCAUCAUCCGACCAGGACAGCACAGGGACCGAAAGAGCCACAAGAGAGGUCCCCUGCUCCAGUAAUGGAACAGUGGAAGUGGAGCACAUUAUUAGCAGAAAACUACAGCUGAAGAAGAAAGCUGAGCAUUUGAAGGCAGACCUGAUGCAGCAGUUUGACAUUCAGGUGAAUGAGUUCAUGGACAGUCUUAUUGAGAAGUCUGCCAGUCUGGGUUCUUCCCAUGUGAGCACAGUCUUUCCUCUCUCUGAUAAGGAGAAAAGCAAACUCAGGCAUACACAACCUUCCCAAGACCAAAGCAAGCAGUUUGUGAUUCGUCGAUCCCUGUUAGAUGAUCUGUUUGAGGUGAAUCACAUCCGCACCAUCUAUCACAUGUUCAUCGCCCUCCUCAUCCUCUUUAUCUUCAGCACGCUUGUUGUGGACUUCAUCGAUGAGGGCAGACUGGUGCUAGAGUUUGACCUGUUGGUGUACGCUUUUGGCCAGUUCCCCCUAGUGGUUGUCACAUGGAUGUGUAUGUUCCUAUCCGCCCUAGUGGUUCCCUAUGUACUGCUCAGUGGCUGGGCCAGCGUCUAUCCAGCAUCAAACCAUCGGCCCCUGUGGACCUUGCUGGCUGGUUUCCUCUUGCUGCUUUAUCAGGGACUGUGUUUGGGUUUCCUGCCCACAUAUGUGGUACUGAAGAACAGCCUUCCCCCCGCAUCAUGCUUCAUUCUCAUUCUAGAACAGGUGCGGCUGAUCAUGAAAGUUCACUCUUUUAUCAGGGAAAACGUGCCAAAAAUACGAUCCUUAGAACGAAGUAAAACCAAUUCUCUAGUUGUACCUCAGCUGACCCAGUACCUUUAUUUUCUCUUUGCACCCACCCUUAUAUACAGAGACAGUUAUCCAAGAAAUCCAUGCAUUCGGUGGGGCUAUGUGGCUACGAAGUUUUUGCAGGUGCUGGGGUGUUUGUUUUACGCAUAUUACAUAUUUGUGCGGCUGUGUAUCCCUCAGUUCCGCAGUAUCAGUAUGCAGCUCUUUGACCUGAGGGUCAUGGUGUUGUGUGUCUUCAACUCUAUACUGCCAGGUGUGUUGGUGCUCUUUCUCGCUUUCUUUGCCUUUCUGCACUGUUGGCUCAAUGCAUUUGCCGAGAUGCUUAGAUUUGCAGACAGAAUGUUUUAUAAGGACUGGUGGAACUCCACUUCAUUUGCUAACUAUUACCGUACCUGGAAUGUUGUGGUACAUGAUUGGCUGUAUUACUAUGUCUACAGGGACUUCAUGUGGAUGACACAAAAGCGAUUCCGUGCAGCAGCCAUGUUGGUUGUCUUCACUGUGUCUGCCGUGGUGCAUGAGUACGUUCUGGCCAUCUGUUUUGGCUUCUUCUACCCCGUCCUCUUCUGCCUUUUCAUGUGCUUUGGAAUGGCGUUUAACUUUGUCCUUCACGACCGGAGAAAAGGGCCGAUCUGGAACGUGAUCAUGUGGACUGCUCUGUUCUCGGGUCAGGGGCUUCUCAUCUGCCUCUACUCUCAGGAGUGGUAUGCGCAGCGCUACUGCCCCAUAGAAGAGCCCUCUUUCAUAGACUUGCUGAAGCCUCGAUCCUGGACUUGUCAUCCACAGACCAACACUGCUAUGGAUGCUAACUAAUGGGAUUUACACUGGAGGGAAAGGACAUUUAAAAAAAAAAAAAAAAUUUGCAUUUUUUUUUCUUUUUUUUGCACUUAAACUUUAGUGACAAUUUGACUGUACAAACAUGCCUUAGAUAUAUUUUUUCUUGUUUACUGAGAUCUUAAUUAACAAUAUUUGUGAUAAUGCCCAUCAUAUAAUGUAGACUAUAUUUAAUGUUCCUUAUGAAUAUUUCAUUAUCUCCAGUUUCUAAGCGACACAGGUUAGUUAGCAUUUGACAAUCUAUUUUAGGUUUUGACUGAUCUGGCUAAAGAUGUUCUAUUUUUAAAAGCCUUUGUGAUGUCAUUAAGUUGAGGUCAGAUUAUAAAUGUGUUUCGUUUACUGUCACCUCACCUCACAAGUCAUUUCAUUUUGUUGUUAGAUAGCAUUUGAUAUUGUAGUGCUGAAUAUUUGAGAGAACUGAAUGUAUUUUAAUAUGGGAGACAACUGUGAUGUCACAGACAGACAAGCUGGGUAUAGACGAUGCCACAUUUUGAAAAGUUUUUGAUAGGACUACUACACAAGGACCACAGCCAAGCAAUCCUAGAAUGUUUUCAAAAUGGUGAAUUCCAGAACCCCAGCAGGUUUCAAUUUUGUGCCAUACUACUGUGAAACACAACAAAUUGUCUUACCUUGCACUCCUCGUUUUAAUUAUAAUUAAUUUAAAUUGUAUUUUUGUAUUUAGUUUAAAUUCUUCAUUCUUAGUUACUGUUUGGUGAGUUUGACUGGCAGCCUGAACUAAGAUUUCUGGAUUCUUGUACUCUUAUUUUACUCUUUUUUUUUUUUUUCUAUAACAAUACUAGGGAUUAUAUAAAAUACAAAUUUUAAUGAGGUGAUUUAAGCCUUUGUGAUAAGUUCCUUAGCUCUCUUGUGAAGGAGGAAGCAGGGGCCAGGUUAACAAUCAACACAAGUCUUUUAAUUCCUAUACUUUUCAGUAUGUACACAAAUGGUUCUGCUUUUCAGCAGCACGUAAACACAUGCACGUGCGCACACACACAAACACUGCUGGGUGCUUCUCUCCCCCUCAGGGGGUCUGGACACCCUUUUUAUUCCCCUGCAGCUAUCACUGAAAUGCAGAACAGCUGUUAGAGAUAAUUUCCCACAGGUUUCAAUCCUUGCUGUUCUCCUCCUGGCCUCUCUCUCCACAGAUGUCGCUCGGCCACGUCCACAUCACCACAGCCUUAUUUAUUGCACAAUAGAAUAUAAAAUGUUGGAAGUAUUGAGGUCUUGCAGCUGGCUGCACUGAUCAUUGUACUAUUACUGAUGGUUUUCAAUCACAUUCCCUUUAUUAGUUCUAAAUUGCUAUUAUUGUUUACACUGCCAAGACAUUAUUGUAAUUUCUUGUAUUCAUUGCAAGCUAAUUUUGUUGUCAUAUAAGACAUUCAGAAUGUUAUUUAUAAGCGCAGUUGUAAAAUUAGAUGUUUAAGUGAAUAUUCUCCAAUUCCACAAGGUAAAAGCAUUUCUGAUAUUUUCUUUGUGAUAUCAUAAAGUAUAUUUUUAAACAUUUACCGGCAAUAACUGUGAUGACCAGCAGGUGGUGGUGGAGAGUUGAUUGAAUCAUGUAGUCAACGGUUUUAUCAUUUUUUUUUAAUGGCACCUGCUAUGUAUUUCCUCAGAUUUAAUUUCGAACAAUUGAUACCUGUAAUAUUAAAAAUAAUAAUAAUUAAAAAAAAGAUCAAUCUUUUGGAACAACACAAAACAAGUGCCGUAUUUUUAAACAAAAUGUAGGCUAGUCUUUGUCACAACAUGAAAACAUAAAAAAUUUAUAGACUUUGCUUGUAUUUACUACAUGGUACCAGGUUGUUUAUUUAUUAGAAAUCAAUUUUCUAACCUUAAGUCUCAUGUGACGUGGUUAGCCUACAGAAAAAAGUAUUUAAAAGUGAA